CUUUUCCCAUCCCACUGUUCAAUCAUUAUCCGGACCGUGUUAAUACCCCGAUUAGAGCCCCGACUAGAACAGAUCAGGCCCGUUCUGAAACUCGAUCUGCUACAAAAACCCCCGACGCACGUUCGCGCUGAUCAAUUAAUUUGACGCUACUGCUUAGCCUCAGGUGAGCGAUAAUGAUCCCUUAGAGCCUCCAUCGUCUGUCUGGUUGCACCGUUUCUCCUGAAUCCUUUUUUCCCGCGUUCACAUUUCCUUCUGUGUCAAUCCGGUUCAUAUACCGAGUCUUCUGCUGCUGCUGAUGCUCCCGUUUAUACUUCUGUCGACUGACGCUGUUUUCUAUAUUUAGAACUCCAGUCUUCCCCCGUUUUUCUCGAACCCGCGAACGUUCGCUAUUUCGUUCCAUUUCACCCCUCUCUCUCUCAACAUCUAACUAAAACAAAACCCAUUCCGGCUGAGCACUGCGAAUCCUUAGAUCCUACGGGGCCAUUUACUAUUCCCUUUCUUUUUGUUCUUAUAAUUUCUUUAAUCCUUCUCUUCUCGACCCCGCGUGGAGGAGCCGUCAGAUCGUGUUUCAGACAGAUCUAUUUUUUGCAACGGGCUAUCAGCCUAGCCGUUCAUCAGUCAUUGCCAAAACUUCCCCCGAAAAACGCCUCCAGUUUUCUUCGGGAUUUGUCCGCGCUUACGUCCAAGUUCAUUGCUUCUCGACUUUCUGCUGUUCCAUUUGCCGCGCGGCGCAGUUACUGCCGACGAUUACAAACAACAAAGGGCUGGGUCGUGUUCUCGAGGGCGGUUACAUUCUUGCUUUGCAAUUGCGUUGUGAUUUUGCCCUAGAAUCAAGGGCGCAAUGCCAAUUUAAGAUAAUUGCUAUCGUUUCCGACCUUCCACACCUUGUCAUUCAUAUUCGACGUCGCGUUCCCCUGCUCGCUGCUGUCGACCAUUUCCUUCCCUCUUGAACAAAUGGCAGCAAUCAUGUCUCCCCCAUCUCCAUCUUCCGCAGACUCGACGAAUAUAUCCCCUAUGGUUACGGAUACAAGUCUAAGGUUACCGCAACGGUCAUCAUAUUCAAAGGAGCGCAUGUCCACAUAUUCGAAUACUUCAUACGCCUCCCAGAAUCGUUCGCGUCCAGGGUCUCACGCCUUCCCUAUAUUCCAUUCCAGCCUGUCAUACGCCCUUGUCCGGGACUUUGCGUAUCCAUCAGUUCACCCUUUGCACUACGGGCCCCCUCCUACACCCAUUGUAUCUACUCCGGCCAGCGAGCAGCGACGUCUUUCUGAUCCUCCAGCCUCGUUCGAUGGUUCGCGUGUCCAGUGGUCAACUGGAUCGUGGGGCACUGACAAUAGCUACUCUGGUCAUCAACAACUACCUGCAAUGUCAUUUGGCGACGGACCCCCAUAUAGCGAGGAUGAAGAUCUACACAGUCCAGUUGUGACGACCCGCCAUCGAAGGUAUAAAUCUACAGGGACAGACUUGAACGGACGAAGAGGCAGAAACCAAGGCCGUGCCGAUCCGGCAUCCGGCGCUUAUUCGCAGGAAGACGAUCGUGGUAUACUUGUCAGCAUGAACGCGGAUGGUAGCGAGACUUACUACGUAGACGAUGGAGAUAGGGCCGAGGACGGUCCCGGUGGGGAAUUCGUCACAUACCCAGCGGACGAAGGCAGGUACUCCCGUAUGGUGCAUGACGAUGGGCGGGGCUACGAUCCGGAAACAGACUUCGACUCCGAUGACGACGACUAUGGUGCAGACAGAUACUCGCGCGACUACUACUUCGCUGUAGGCUGUCCAGACGAGGAGAUGCAUGGAAGAGCCGUAGCCCUUUUCGAUUUUACGCGCGAACAUGAGAACGAGCUGCCCCUUACCGAGGGCCAGGUCAUUUACGUCUCGUAUAGACAAAGCCAAGGCUGGCUCGUGGCUGAGGACCCCAAGACUGGUGAGAGCGGGCUGGUACCGGAGGAGUUCGUCCGCCUUCUUCGAGAUAUUGAAGGAGGGUUAUCGUCGUUGAACUGCGAAGGGUCGAGUCCUGACACUGAGUCGGAAACCGAAGCGGACAACACGUGUCUCAGCCCAGAGUCGACAGGCUCAGGCCAAGCCAUAAUGCCAACGGAGAAGCAUGCUCCGUUGAAUUAUGAAUCCAAUCCAGAUUUGUCUUCUCGUCUCCCUUGUACUAUUCAUACCAGCAAUGGAGAAAUGAAUGGUAAUCAUGUUGUGGAAGUCUCUCUACCCAACGAUCUCCAGAUUGAGAACCCAGUCAACACCAACUCGAAGAGUAAGUCGCGACGAAACUGAAAGAAGACAAAUGGGGUGUAAGGGAUUAUUGGUUAGUUACAAUGAGCAAAGACUCAUGAGUGACGUGAUAUUUUAUUUUAUUCAAGUGCGUCUUCGACAGGUGCCUUGUGUCUUUGAUUAUGACAUGUUUUCUUUCUUUCUUUUUUUUUUUAUUCCCCCUUUUUUGUUCUCUUCAGCUCAAGUCGGUGGAAGAUCAUCCUUUUCUCCCCUGACCUGUCAAUUGGUGAUUCUCAGCGCCAGCAUCUCUGUGUGGGUUUGGUAUGAUAUAGAAGACCUUGUUAUGAAAGUGUGAGAUUCCUCUUCUUUUUCUCCUCCCUUUUUUCCGCUUCCCUUUCUCUUCUCUCUACCUAUCUAUUCCCAAUCCUUCCAACUUACCCAUGGUAGACUCACCUAUCAUAAGCAAUGGCAUGAUGGGUAUCCUGUUUGUCCCUAAUGGAAUGGAAACCCCAAUGUUUAUCACUAUUAUUUCUUUUUUCAUCUUUGGUUCUUUGUCUUUUAUUUACUUUCUUGUUCUCUCAAACCAACCCAGAUUUCCUGCUGCUUGCACGAGAAAACCCCCCUUACCUUAUACCCUCCUCUUUCUUUUCCUUUCAAUCUUGAAUUUUUUAAGUUACACCAGACAUCCAUCCCAUUGUUAUAUUGUAUAUCCAAUUCAAAGCGCCGGCGUUACGUUAUUUAUAAACAUCGUUUAAGGUUGGCUGUUUGCUUUGCGUUAUUUUCUUUUGGCUUCUUUUUUAGAGCAAUUUCGAGGUCACCAGUUACAAAUGACGUUUUGUCUUUGAGGAAUUGGAAGUAGAUCGAUGGAUCCAUUGGACCUGGCCAUACAAUUACAGUCACAGUCAUAGUAUAGAUAGAUGUACACGGUGCCGACUGUAUGAGAGCAAGCAGCAAGGUAAGAUAGAGGUGGAAAGGAAACAAGGAUAGACAAAGGAAGCCCUCCAUGAUUGAUAGUAGAUCAAAAGAAGAAUCAAG